GGUAGGUAGUUGUCUAGCGCUAGGUAUGCUCAACCACAACACCAGCCAUUUGUGGCGCUUUCAGCUGGCCUGUAGAAGGUACAUACCUACUUGCCUAGGUACCCCCAAGCUAAGUCACUGCGGCGUUGAGGCUGGCGACCUAGGAUAACGAAUCAACUUUCUGGUGUACAGUUGGCCUGGACAAAUGAAGCAACAAACGCCUGAAAUAGCUGCGGUACUCACUUGCCAAUACCAACAUACCAAUGUUUCAUUGCUAACGUCCUUUUCCAAGGUCGGCCCACCUGUUGUCCAGCCCAGCUGAGAGCCCGUCCUGCAGUUGUAUCCACACUGGACGCAUGUGAUACUCGUAGACCUUGACGAGUUGAAACUUGUAUAUGGGUGUCAGCCGUCUAUGGCGACUAUCAAGCCCAUCGAAGCAAAAACUGUACGUAGCUUGUCGCGAGGGCCUAGGUGGCGAGGCAUUACUGUCGCUAACCUCCCCCAAGAUCCACCAGAUUCAAUCCGGCCAAGUCAUAGUUGAUUUAUGUUCUGUUGUGAAGGAGCUGGUGGAAAACAGCAUAGAUGCCGGCGCAACCAACAUUGAGGUUCGUUUUAAGAACCAAGGCCUGGAUGCCAUCGAGGUCCAGGACAAUGGCUCAGGCAUAUCGAAGGAAAACCAUGAGACCUUGGCGCUGAAGCACUACACUUCAAAGCUCUCCACUUACUCUGACCUAGAAAGCCUUGAGACUUUUGGGUUCCGCGGAGAGGCGCUGUCCUCUCUCUGCGCACUGUCCAAGUUCUCAGUCACUACGUGCCUAGCCUCAGAUGCCCCCAAAGGCUCGAGAUUGGAAUUCGAAACGUCUGGAAAGCUACGCAGUACAAGCAUUGUCGCCGCGCAGAAGGGCACCACUGUGUUGGUUGAAGGUCUGUUCCAAAAUUUGCCUGUGCGCCGCCGUGAGCUCGAGCGGAACAUCAAACGGGAAUGGAAUAGGGUUCUCGGGAUCCUCAACCAGUAUGCAUGCAUUCAAACCGGACUCAAGUUUUCUGUAUCACAACAGCCUAAUAAAGGCAAACGUAUGGUCCUGUUCUCAACCAAAGGCAACCAAACUACGCGUGAGAAUAUCGUAAACGUUUUUGGGGCAAAGACCUUGACAGUUUUGAUCCCACUGGAUCUAGAACUUGAGUUGGAACCCACCAAUACGUCGAGUCAGCUGCUCACAUCCCGAGCGGACAGCAAAACGAAGCUGAUUCGAGUUCGAGGACAUGUAUCUCGCCCAGCGUACGGUGAAGGACGGCAGACUCCAGACAGACAAAUGUUUUUCGUCAAUGGCCGUCCAUGUGGGCUACCCCAAUUCGCUAAAGUGUUCAACGAAGUGUACAAGUCCUACAAUGCUUCGCAAUCCCCUUUCAUUUUUGCUGAUAUCCAGCUUGACACUCAUCUCUAUGAUGUGAAUGUUAGCCCGGACAAGAGAACCAUUUUACUCCACGACCAGACUCGGAUGCUGGACACUCUUAGAGAGUCACUCAGUACUUUAUUCGAAUCGCAGGACUAUGCACUUCCGACCUCACAACUUCACACACCAAAGCAAUCCCUCCUAAAACAAGCUUCUUUGAAUAGUCACGAUACAGCCGCAUCUGGAGAGAACACGAAACCUACUGGAGCAAAUGAUCGUACUGCACGUGAGGAGUCGACCCCUACAAGAGCUGAACCGAGAGCGGAAAGCGAGGACACAGAAGUUGCUACUAGUGACACUGGAGCAAGUGGUCAUAGGGGUAACUUGAUUAGCCGUUGGAUUGAGCGGAAGUGCGAGCUACGUGAGGCUCCUGCGACGAAAGGCAACAAAGUAAUAGAGCGCACUCACAAAGAGAAGCAUGGUCUAGAUGGAGGCCCCCCAUCUUCGCCCGCAUCGAGUAUCGAAUCAGAAGCGUCACCAGAGGAUCGAGGUGCGAGUGAAGUCUCAAAUCAUACAGAGGACUUUCGCGCACGUCUCGAGAGAUUAAAGGAUAAAGGUCUUAAUGAGAAUACGGACAGGCCUGAGCCGGCCAAAGAUGCACCUUUGGAACCAUCGAUUCCAUCCAUAGCUCCUCUUUCUCGCAUGAGAGAUACCGUAUCUACCAAGGCUUCCCCUUCAUUACCAUCAAAGCGUUCUUUGCCAGAAGUUGCUACCAUUACAAUUGGGGAUCAUACCGUCACUAGUAUCAUUGGUUCGACACCGAAAAGGCAACGACUUGGCACUAAACAAAAUGAAGAUCAAGUUUCCCGAAAAGCUGCGAAAGCGCAUGUUCCCGUGCCUUCUUUCAAUGGGCGGUUAACCCAAAUGUUCGCCGCCCAAACGGCGCGGUCACAGACUGAUAAGCCACAAAUCGAAACCACGACAGAGAUACAGAACGAUUCGGAAGAUUCGGAUUCAUCAAGUGAACAUUUAUUUGUAACUGACGAUUCUGGCGAAGAAAGCGACCACGAACCCACUGGCGAUUUACCUAGUAGGCGCGACGACCAACAUAGUUCCUCUCAUCAACAGGACCAGGAAAAGGACGCAAACCUCGACGAAGGUUCAGAGGAUGAAGCGACAUCCCCAACCGGUCGUAGCGAUUUAGACUACAGAGAUGGCGAAUCCGAAGAAGCGGAGAAAGAAAUAGAAGAUGGAGAAAGUAAUAAGGAUACCCAAGGUGUGGAAGAGACAAUUUCAGUGGAGUCGCAGAAACGCACACAGAUAUUUGUUAAAGGCGGCACUAAAAAGAAGGAUGCCACUUGCCAACUUCAACAGACGCUGCGCGUGGACGCUGAGCUUAUCCGCAAUGCUCGUGCUUUGCAACAAGGGAAUGCUGCUCGCACGUUUUCCGCUCCAGGGAAGAUGCUUGAAACCGAUCGCCUUGAUGCCGAUGAUGCUGAGGAGAAGCUGUCUUUGACUAUAUCUAAGUCGGACUUCGAAAAGAUGAAGAUCAUAGGCCAAUUCAAUCUGGGAUUCAUAUUAGCCUCCCGCCCAGCCGAAGAUAAUAGUUCUGACACACCAAGCAGCGGCGGUAGAGACGACGAGUUAUUCAUCAUUGACCAGCAUGCGACGGACGAGAAAUAUAACUUCGAACGGCUACAAGCUAGCACCGUUGUACAGUCGCAAAGACUAGUUCAUCCCAAGAUGCUCGAGCUCACAGCUGUCGAAGAAGAUAUCGUGCAACAGAACAUCGACGCUCUCGAAACCAAUGGCUUCAUAGUUGAAAUGGAUGAUAGCGGUGACCAACCCGUCGGGACUCGGUGUCAGUUGCUUAGUUUGCCACUGAGUCGGGAAACGACUUUCUCCCUGGCAGAUCUGGAAGAGCUUAUUUCGCUCCUUCAAGAUCACCAGUCCUCGUCCGCGAAAACCGUUCCGCGACCGUCCAAGGUUCGCAAGAUGUUCGCCAUGCGCGCUUGUCGAAGUAGUGUCAUGAUUGGGAAAUCUCUAUCAAUCAAGCAGAUGGAGAAACUUGUCAGACAUAUGGGCGAACUAGAUAAGCCGUGGAACUGUCCGCAUGGACGGCCGACUAUGAGACAUCUCUGCGGGCUUGGUGCGUGGGAUGAUCUGGGUUGGAAAGAAGGCGAUGGGUGUGAUGGAAGGAAGGCUCCGCCUAUGAAUUGGGGCGCUUACGUUCGUGAGGGUCAGGAUUUAGAGUAGGAUUCAUGUCAAUUGCAUCUACUAACUGUUUGUAUUACGUAUUGCCGAAUCGAAGCCGGCGAGGAGCACAUUUGUCGCAUGGAUAUA